AUGGCCAAGGGACUAAUGUCAGUGCCUAUAAAUCUUCCGGGAACCACAUACAACCGUGCUAUAAACGCAUCGAAAUUUAUAAGAGAAAAAUUACAAGAAUUAGUUAGAGAAAGAAAAAAGGAGGUCUUAGCAAAGAAAGAUCAUGUGAAUGUUGAUGAUCUUGAUUUUUUGGAUGGUUUGCUUAAGGCAACGAUUGAAGGGGGUGACAUUAUAAGCGAGACGGAGUUAGUUGGCAAGAUUGUAACACUCUUGUUUGCUGCUUUCCAUACUACAAGCAACACCAUUACAUUCUUAAUGGCACAUCUUACUGAAUAUCCUGACGUUUACGAAAAAGUUUUACAAGAACAAUUGGAGAUUGCACGAUCAAAAGAAAAAGGGGAGCAACUAAAUUGGAAGGAUAUUCAGAAAAUGAAGUACUCGUGGAAUGUGGUUUGUGAAUCGAUGAGAGUUAAGACACCCGUCUUCGGAGGUUUUAGGGAGGCUUCCACAGACAUCCAUUACGGUGGCUACACAGUCCCAAAGGGGUGGAAGGUUCAUUGGUCAGUUAAUUCAACACACAUGGAUCCAGUACAUUUUCCAGAACCAGAGAGAUUCGACCCAUCACGAUUCGAAGAGAAACAAGGUCGUGGUGUUUAUGUACCUUUUGGAUCAUGA